CGAGGCUGCGCCAGUGCACCAGCCAGGCCCCCGGGGAGGGAUGGAUCCCCGGCCGCGGCGGCGGCGCAGUUGCUGCCCGUUGGUCUCCGUCUUCCUGUGCGACCCGAGCUCAGGGCGCGUGUACAGGCGCGGGAAGCUGAUCGGCAAGGGCGCCUUCAGCCGCUGCUACAAGCUGACCGACAUGUCCACCAGCGCUGUGUUCGCGCUCAAAGUGGUGCCUCGCGGAGGGGGCGGGGCUGCGCGGCUACAUGCCCGCGGCAAGGUGGAACGCGAGAUCGCUCUGCACAGCCGCCUGCGACAUCGCAACAUCGUGGCCUUCCACGCCCACUUCGCUGACCGGGACCACAUAUACAUGGUGUUGGAAUACUGCAGUCGCCAGUCGCUGGCCCACGUGCUGCAGGCACGGCAGACACUGACGGAGCCCGAGGUGCGCUACUAUCUUCGAGGCCUGGUCAGCGGCCUGAGCUACCUGCACCAGCGGCGCAUCGUCCAUCGGGACCUGAAGCUCAGUAACUUCUUCUUGAACAAGAACAUGGAGGUGAAGAUCGGAGACCUGGGGCUGGCCACCAGGAUGGGGCCAGGGGGCCGCUGCCACAGAGUGCUCUGCGGGACCCCAAACUUCCUGGCUCCAGAGGUAGUGUCCAGAAACGGACAUUCCUGCCAGUCGGACAUCUGGGCUCUGGGCUGCAUCAUGUACAUGGUGCUGACUGGCGUCCCUCCCUUCGUGGCGGCUCCCCUGUCGGAGAUGUACCAGAACAUCCGAGAUGGCCGCUACCCCGAGCCUGCACACCUGUCUGCCAACGCGCGCCGCCUCAUCGCCCGCCUGUUGGCCCCCAACCCAGCCGAGCGGCCCAGCCUGGACCACCUGCUGCAGGAUGACUUUUUCACGCAGGGCUUCACCCCGGACCGGCUGCCACCCCACUCCUGCCACAGCCCACCCAUCUUCGUAAUCCCCCAGCCUCUGGGCAGACUUUUCCGAAAAGUGGGCCGGCUGCUACUGCCCCAGUACCGGGCACCCUGCCCCUUGGCUCCUCAGGAGGCCUCAGGUUCUGGAGAAGACGGUUCAGACCCUGACUCCAUGGAGUGGGGCAGUGAGGUGAGGACUGGGAGCGGGGAGGUAAGACCCAUCCAGCUGUUGGCCCAGGGGACACUCCAGAGUGACCCCGCGGGGCCCGAGGGAAGUCCAAGGCAGGAGGUGGAGGCAGCCAUCAGGAACCUGCAGCUCUGCCUGGAUUCGGGUCCCCCAGCCAUGCAGGACCCCCCAGGAAAGCAGCAGCCUGUCUUCUGGGCCCCCAAGUGGGUGGAUUAUUCUAGCAAGUAUCGCUUUGGCUACCAACUGUCAGACAGUGGCAACGGUCUUGGUUCGGGAUAGCACCCACAUGGCCCUGCACCCCCCAGGGGGAUAAAUCAUGGAGAUGGGGGCCUGUCCAUGCCCAGCUGGCUGGGAGCACCUGGCCUCUGCCUGCUGUGCUUCCUGGUGUCCGAGCAGGUGCUGCUGCUGCUCUUCAGCGAUGGGAUGGUGCAGGGGAGCAAGGGCGGAGAUCAGGAACAACUCGUGCUGAGCGGGGGUGGUGAGGAGCUGCUGCUCACAGUCUGGGAACUGGGCCAGCCUGGCACCUCCUUCCCCCUGGGCAUCCUGCGGGGCCAUGGCUGUGCCCCAGGCACCCACCAGCACCUUCAGCAUGCCAUCCUCAUGCUACAGAGCAUUUAG